UCCACGCUGCCAGCAGCACAUGAGGAGAGAGCAGAGACAAUCAGCUCACACCAAAGACUCCUAGCGCUUUAACAUUCACUCUCCGGACACCAGGAGACCUUCAGACAGCACAAUGACGGAAGAAAAGAUCUCCAUAGACGUUGUAAAGACGUCCAACGGUGAAGCGCACAUAGCCGACCCGACCGGCGUCGCCAAUGGCUUGAGUGACCACAAGACGAGCGCGCCGGAGACCACCGGGCAGAAGCUCAAACGGAUCGCCAUGGCCAAUCUGCUGGUCAUCCUGACGGUGUCAGCGGUCAUCAUCGGCGUGUUCAUCGGGCUCGGCGUGCGCAGCGCCGGGUUGAGCCGCACUCAGAUCAUUUACUUCGGGUUCCCCGGUGAGCUGCUCAUCCGCCUGCUCAAAAUGAUCAUUAUUCCUCUGGUGGUCUGUAGUCUGGUGUCCGGGGCUGCCAGCAUUGACCCCAAAGCCCUGGGCAAGUUGGGCGGCUGGGCGAUGCUCUUCUUCCUGGUGACCACUCUGAUCGCGUCUACUAUCGGCGUUAUUAUGGCGUUCAUUAUACAGCCUGGUGCCAAUGACGGGAAAAAACUAUCCCUCAACUCACUGGAUGACAGCGGUGUUCCCGAAGCCAAAGAAGUCAUCGAUUCGUUUUUAGACUUGAUAAGAAAUAUCUUCCCAUCUAACCUGGUAUCAGCUGCCUUUCAGUCGUAUGCCACGGGUUACAGGAUUGUAAAGAAUGAAACCAACUCGACCAUCUUCUCCUUGGAAAAGGUUCCAGUUGGCACAGAUGUGGAUGGCAUGAACAUCCUGGGUCUCAUCGUGUUUGCUAUGGUAUUUGGGGUGGCCUUGAGGAAACUUGGAGAGGAAGGAGAGAUCCUUAUUAAGUUCUUCAACUCUUUCAACGAGGCCACCAUGGUGUUGGUCUCCUGGAUCAUGUGGUAUGCACCACUGGGUAUCAUGUUCCUGGUUGCCGCUAAGAUUGUGGAAAUGGAGGAUGUUGCCAUGCUGUUCGCCAGCCUCGGGAAGUACAUUGCAUGCUGCGUCGUUGGCCAUGCCAUCCACGGUCUCCUCGUCCUCCCGCUCAUUUACUUUGUGAUUACACGGAAGAACCCCUACACUUUCUUGCUGGGAUUGGUCACCGCUUUGGCUACUGCCUUUGGAACCUCCUCUAGCUCCGCCACGUUGCCCCUAAUGAUGAAAUGUGUGGAGGAGAACAACGGUGUGUCUAAGCACAUCAGCCGCUUCAUCCUGCCCAUCGGAGCCACCGUCAACAUGGACGGAGCCGCCUUAUUCCAGUGUGUAGCUGCGGUGUUCAUCGCUCAGCUGAACGGAAUCCCGCUGAACUUCGUCCAGGUCAUCACCAUCCUCGUGACUGCGACGGCGUCUAGUGUGGGAGCCGCUGGGAUCCCUGCAGGAGGGGUGCUGACGCUGGCCAUUAUUUUAGAAUCAGUGGGGCUGCCCACCAACGAUCUGUCACUCAUCUUGGCUGUGGACUGGCUUGUCGAUCGCACUUGCACCGUCAUCAAUGUGGAAGGUGACGCCUACGGAGCAGGUCUUCUGCAGUUUUUCGUGGAUCGCACCAGUAAAAAGGAGGGGGCGGAGCUAAGUAAGGUGCGAGUGGAGGAAGAAGACCCCGCCUCCAAGCCAGAAAGCUCUCCACUCAUCGAGAAACAGGGAAACUUUGAACUGGAAGAGGUCGCUGGACCUAAACCCUGUGACAAGGAGUCCGCCAUGUAGAUUUGCACAGUAUUUCAAGAAACUUUCCUUCCCUACCUGCCUGAUCUCACUAAAUCAGUCUCUGCAUCUACGCAGUGACCAUGGGAGAGAUGCCGGUUUAAAUCAAGACAGGACAAAGACUACAUGCUUUUUGGCCCUCCUCUAAGCCCAGCUCUUUAUGAAAAGAGUCUGCCAAAACUUAUGCACAUUUAGAUGGAAAAAUGCUUGAACAAUUAUUUAUUAGAUGCUGGUCCGACAUUUUUUAAAUGUUUUUUUUUUCUUCUUUACUCCUAUAUAUACAAAAAGUCAGGCCUUUUAAAAUAAUCUUAUUAUUAUUAUACAUGCCCUGAUAGUUCUGAUUUUAUGCUCCUAAUUUAAAACACAGAUUUCUCUCAACACCUUUUUCAUGCAAAAUAUCUCUUAAAAAGCCAAAGUACCUUCAGAACCUCUGCAUCCUUUACUGUCUUAUCAACACACCAAAUAAUAAGUUUUAGGUGGCAUGCUGUUCCAUUAUGCCGCUCUGAAAUACCUUGUACGUGCUGAUUCCCUUUAAAACACCUCAGGCUCCUCAGAUGUUGGCCCAUCUAACAGGUGCUGAUAUCUUCACUGAACUCUUGCUGUUAGAGGAGCCAAAAGAAAGGUGUAGGAAGUCUGGCAGUUAAGAGCUCUGACAUCUUUGUCUUUAUGCAGACACCAU